UUGUUUUAUUCACUAAAAGUCGACUUCGACUCUGAGAAAUUUAUAUUCUGAAUAGAAAAUAAAAAUAUAGUGGAGAACUCAUUUUGCAAUUAAGAGAGGAUAAACUAAGAAUUUUUAUCUUCAAUUGAUAUUUAAGUAUGCAUGGGUAUUAGCUUCGUGGAUUGGCAUUGGUGAAUAGUGAAUACAGCUGAAAAUAUAAUGGAUGUCAAUGUGCAAGGUUUAGAAGAUAACAACGUGAGGCAAACUCAAGACAUUUCUAGUUUCCCCGAACAACAGGAUUUACCACCCAUAAACCAACAUACAAAAACUGCCACCAACAGUCCGUGCGAGGAGGAGGCAGCAUCAUUUCCGAAAACAGAAAGUAGUCCCAUGGCCCUGGAAGGAGAUAUUGAAAAUUUGGGCAACUCUAACGGCCCAUCCACAACAACCACAUCUCCCAACUCAAAAAUUCAACAGCAAGUCCCCAUGAACAAAGUGAACACCAAUGUAUCCUUACCCAAAUCUGUUAGAGAUGAGAAAGACAUUAAGAAAGAAGAAAAUACAAUGUCACCUCAAAAUGUUUCCCCCAUGAGCAAAAAUGAUGAAAAUGGAAACGACGAUGCACAGGAACGUUCCAAGAGUGUCGGUUCAGCACCAACAGGAGGCCCAACAAAUAUUACUCCGAACCUAGAUGGAGUUAGCACCAAUAUGGGAAUGAGUCCCAAUUCAAAUUCAGAUGUUUUUAAUUCUAAUUCAAAUAUUCAAAACUUACCCAGAAAUUUGAAUCCUUUUAAUGGAAACAACUCUAAAUUUAAUUUUCCUGUGCAAGGUGAGAGCCAAGGUCCAAUGAAUCCCGCUAAUAGUGGUGGUGGCGGCGAAUUUAUGCAGCAACAAAAUCACGUCUUCGUCUUUUCUACACAACUUGCCAACAAAAGUGCCGAGGCAGUAAUUAGUGGUCAAUUUCCGACUAUCAUAGCAUAUCAUUGCAUGCAACCAUCUACCAAGUUGUUUUUGGAAGACUUUUUAAAAAAUCCAACAAAAACGUCAAAGCAGCAAAGGCAAUAUUCAAUGAAUAUAAUGAAUUUAAUGCAAUCAGGUGGGCUAAAUCGUGGUGGAGCACAGCAAUUCUGGUUAAAUGAUUGCAAUAAUUCGAACAAAAUGGCACAAAGGCCCGCACUGCGAAAUGCUGGUAUAAAUAAGAAUGCAACGGGAUGGGACCAAUCAACUGGAUUAGAUAAUAAGGUGACUGGGUCUGUAAAUGCAUUGGAAGGAUUCGACACACAUCAAAUGUGUGGUAUUAAGGAUGAUGAUAAAUCAAAUGUUCCCUCUUUACAAGGAGUGAAAGUUCCAGAUGAAAAUCUUACUCCCCAACAACGUCAGCAUCGAGAGGAGCAAUUGGCUAAGCUGAAGAAAAUGAAUAAGUUUCUGUUUCCUGAAAAUGAAGGCCAUGAUUUGCAUCCAUCACUGGCCAAUAGCAGUUCAGUACCAAGCGAAGCCUCAACAAGUAGCUUGCCUGUCUCUGCGGAUUCGCUACAUACUGCAGGUCAGGAGAAUAAUGCUGCAGGAAAUGCUGGAAAAUAUAUAACGGCUAACCAAGGUGGUAUUGACAGUGUACCGCAUUUGGGCGAUGACGCCAAUACUGGCGAAUCAUCAAAUAUUGGUGUCAUGCAGACCCAUAAACAACAGGGAUGUAUUGGUAAAAUUGAUACAAAUAUUAAGUCAAUAAACUCUAGAAGCCGAGGAGAUGAGCAAAUUAAUACAAGUAUUGAAGGUAACCAAGAUAUGACGUCUUCCUUUAACCUUAACAAUUGUCCUCAAACAGAAGCGGAUGCGCUAGCCCGUGGUUCAUCGAAUGUGACCAUGCCCCAAGAGGAAUGGGCUAAGUUUCAGAAUAGCCCAUUCGGAGAUAAUUUCAAAUUCAAAGACACAAAAUCUCUUAAUAACCCUGGUAUUUUGAUGGAUAAUUCCAUUCCUGGUCAACAGAACUCAUCUUUAUCUCGUUCACUUUCUAUAGGUGUUUCUGGAUUCGGAAUGCAAACUUGUCCUAAUUCUGGACCAAGUCCAACAAAUCGCAAUAACAACGGUCCCCCUCCUCCAUACCAUCAAACUCAGCGCUCUGCUUCAGUUCCGAUAUCAACACAAUCACCAACUCACUCAAAUGCUAAUAACGUUAACACAGAUAUGGGUCUUUCUCCGCAUGCAUCCCGACCACCUUUCGGCAUAUCUUCUACACCUCCGAAUGUUGAAGGCUCAAGUUCUGCUCCACCUGUGAAUAAUCCCUCGAAUACAUCUACAACGCCUUUUGGAGGAAACGUAAAAAACAUUUAUUCACGGGAUGGUCCAAAUCUUGCCAACCCGACUCAGAUGUACAAUUCUCACAAUGCGGCGAAUCUUGGUAAUAUGGCAGCAAAUUCAGCAUCACACUCUCUUGCACACAUGUCGCACAAUGAAAUGGAUUCAAUGAAUCCUUGCCACAAAUUGAAAAGAAACAGCCCACAGAAAAGCAAGAGUCCUCUAAUCAACGAAAUGCAAGCUAAUGCUGGCAUGGAAUCGAAGUAUACAAAUUUUGGAUUAAACUAUCCCAAUUGCGGGAUGCCCCCAGUGAACGCUCAAAAUAUGAGACAAAAUAUGCAAAUGCCACCACAAUUCUGUCGUAGAGUUGACAAUAUACCAUUAAAUCCCAACUGCAAUCGUGUUAAUCAAAGUAAAGCUGUUAGCAAUUUUGAUCCUAUUGCUUCUUUAGCCCAAAUGUCUCAGCAGUUGACGGGCAGUGCCAUGGGGUUAAGUACAAUAGGCGGAGGGGGUAAUAACCCCUCACUUAUGGACGUUAACACAGGGGAGAUGAUGGGAGGACCAUCCUCUAGUAGAGCAAAUGAUCAUCCCUUGGACCAUUGCAACCAAAUGCCUAACAAUAAUAUGGGAUUAGGCGGUUUAGGCGUUCGUCCAGGCCAAUUUCCUUCGGAAAUGAAUGGUAUGGAUCCAAUGGACCAACGCAUGUUAAAUGGAAAACUGGGAUUACCGCCGGGACAUUUUAAUCACAAUACAUUAACAGGAGUCGGACUACGAGACUCAAGCAUUAGCGGCAAUGAUAUGAUGUCUUCAAAUCGAGCGAUGAUGGCUUCCAAUCGCCGCAUGCCCAAUAACUUCGAUAAUUUUAAUAUGUCCUCCAAUGUUCAUAUUAGGGCUAGCGCACCUAAUACAAUUCAAUACAUGCCGGCUAGAUCACAAAAUAUGAAUAAUAUGCGUGUACCGCCAAAUAUGGAAUUUUUUCAGCGUUAUCCGCACGGAAAUAUGGGACCAACAAAUUCAUCCGGUCAUAUCAAUAGCGAUUUAGCAAACCCCAAUAUGAUGAAUUUAUUCGGAAAUUGUGGACCCAAUAGAGGUGGUGGAGGAUUCGAUCAAAAUGAUUUAGGUGUGGAAAACAAUCUUAUACCUAACGAUGCAUUCAUGAAUGUACCAUUGGAAUUUGGUGUCAUGGAAUUAAAUAGACAAGAUUCUAGAUGUAAUUCACGGGGUCGACAUGGGAUGGACAUGCCUAAUAAAUUUACGGACCAAUUUGAUGGAUCUACAAUUAAGUCUGCACAUAGUCCUUGUGAAGAUGAAUCCAUUCAAAAUGUACAGAAAGCGGAAUGUGCUGGCAAUGUACGGGAAGUUGAUACUGAUAGCGCUCCUUCGGGAAGUCUUGCAUCACCAAAUUCGAAAAAAGCUUUAUCAAAGCAGGUUUCUUUGGGUAAAAUUAGGCCUAAUGCAUGUUCCAUCAAAUCUGAAAGGGAUGAACAAGAGAUUAAAAAAGAAGAUGCAUCACUAUCACCGAUAUCACCGUCGGGAUUUGUUUCUGGUUCUGGAUCUAUCAUCAAUCAAUCUAACUGUGGCAAUAAUGACAAUAGCGGCCACAUAGCACCAAAUAAAAUAAACUCACCUCUGUCAAACGAUAAGAACACUCAACUGGAGGAACGUCCCAAAAGCGCCAGUCAAGACAGCUGUGGUAUAUUGGCCAAUGCAAGUAUUAGUCCUAAGUCCCAGGAUUCGUUUAUUUCCAACAUUGCAAAAAACUUAAACGCAUUUAAUGGAAACAUAACAAAGUUUUCAAAACAAGGUGAGAAUCAUGGCAUGUUUUCGAGUGGAAGCGGUGUAGCAACAGAAUAUUUGCAGCAACAAAAUCAUGUUUUCGUGUUUUCUACUCAACUUGCCAACAAAAGCGCCGAAGCAGUGAUUACUGGACAGUACCCCACAAUCAUUGCGUAUCAUUGUAUGCAACCUUCCACCAAGUUGUUUUUAGAGGACUUUUUGAAAAAUCCGGCAAAGGCGUCUAAGAUUCAGAAACAGUAUUCCAUGAAUAUAAUGAAUUUUAUGCACUCGGGAUCAUCUAGCAGUUCUGUUGCUCAACAGUCAUAUUGGAUUAACGACUCCAAUAAAUUAUCUCACAGAUCCGCUUUACGAAAUGUGGUUAAUAAAACGAACCAAGGCUGGGAUGGAGCAUUGGAACAAGGGUGUUCUACACAAAAUCCAAUGGAAAAUUUGAACAACUCUGAAAAUUAUGAUAACAAAUCUGGACCUUGUGAUAUUAAAGUGGAAGAUAAGACAAAUGUACCAUCAUUGCAAGGAGUAAAGGUUCCCGAUGAGAAUCUUACUCCUCAACAACGCCAGCAUCGGGAAGAGCAGUUAGCAAAACUUAAGAAAAUGAACAAAUUUCUUUUCCCAGAAAACGACGGCAGCGAAUUCCAAACUGGUCAAGGUAGUAAUCUAGUACAUCAUCCAUCUGAAUCUAUUUCUGCAGCAAAUUGCUCAGAUCAAAGCAAAAUGUUUCCACCGGCCAUGCGCAAUGCUUUGGGAAAUUCGGGAAAGUGUCAAGGAAAUUCAAGUAUUGAGGGAGCGCCCGGUUUGGCUACUGAUUUGAUGGUGACAGGAGGAGGAUGUAUUCAAAAAAUUAGUAAUUCAAAUAUGACUAAGUCAAGAGGCUCAAGCGAUAUGAACAGCGAAACGAUUAGCUCAAUAAUUGAAAAUAAUACUGAAAUAGGCCAAUCGUUUAAUAUGGAUAACUGUUCAUCGUCAGAAACAGAAAACGUUAGCAGAGCGAUGAACAUAAAUAUGACCCAAGAGGAAUGGGUUAAAUUUGAGAGUAACCCUUUUCAGGAUAACUUCAAAAAUAGACUGCUAAAUUCAGGUCAACAUCCUGGUACAGUAGGCAACAAUUCAAUGAAUUGCCAACAAAAUUCUCCCAUAUCCCGUUCCCUAUCUAUGGGAGGUUCAGGUUAUAGUAUGCCCCCAAAAUCGAGCGCAGGGCCCAGCCCAAAUAGCCGUAAUAACAGUGGACCGCCACCACCGUACAACCAAACUCAACGUUCUGCUUCAGUUCCAAUAGCUACAGAAUCUCCCACAAAUGUGAAUACAAAUACAGAUAUUUCACUGCCUUCACCACAAGGGCCACGGGUAUCAUUUGGUUCACUAACUCCACCUAAUACGGAGGUUGUAAAUUCAUCGGCUACUAUCACACAUCCAACACACUCAACACCAACAGUUCUAAGUGGAAUUUCAAGUGGUACGAAUAUAAACAGUUUAAUGCAUAACAUGAACUCGAAUACUUUACCACACUUGUCACCCAGAGAAAUAGAUUGCAAAACUUCUAGUCCUCAUAAAUAUAAGGGUCCUCUAAUAAAUGAUAUGCCGGACAACAUUUGCAUGGAUCAAAAAUAUAGCAACUUUGGUUUGAAUUAUUCUGCAUGUGGCUUGCCGCCAAUUGGUCGACAAAAUAUUCAACAAAUGACUUCACAAUUUUGUCGACGCAUCGACAAUAUACCAUUAAACCCAAACUGUAACCGCAUUGGCCAAAAUAAGAAUACGAGUGGUUUUGAUCCUAUUUCAUCUCUAGCUCAGAUGUCUCAGCAGUUGACAGGUUGCGGCAUGGGGUUAAACUCAAUCGGAGGUGGAGGAGGUAGUCUUGUGGAUAGCGGAGAGUUAAUGUCGCAUACAAGCCGAGCAUCUGACCAUUCAAUUGAUCAUUGUAAUCAAAUGUCGAACGCAAAUCAUGUUGGAAUGGUUGGGCCACCGGGAAGUCGAUCAAAUCAAUUUCCAUCAGAUAUAAACAAUAUGCUGUGUGGUGAUUCUGGCCCAAUUGAUCAACGCAUGUUAAAUGGAGGGAAAAUGUGCUUACCUAACAUGCCGGGAAACUACAAUGCUAAUUCAAUGGGAGGAGUAGGCUGUAAUGACAUUAUUUCAGGAAAUAGGCCGCUGAAUCGUCGUAUGUUGCCGUCUAACUUCGACAAUUUCAACAUAUCUCCCAACAUACAUGUAAAAAUGAAUGCACCAAAUACAAUUCAGUACAUGCCAGCGAGAUCACAAAACAUCAACAAUAUGCGAGUGCAUCCUGGCAUUGAGUUUUUCCAACGUUAUUCUAAUCCUCAAAUUAUGGGAAAUAUUAACACUGGUCAUGGACUCAACGAAAUGCCGAACUCUAACAUGAUAAAUAUGUUCGGAAAUUGCAAUCAAAUUCCGCCAACAGGUAUUGGUGGAUUUGAAACACCAAACGAUUUAGAUUUAGAAGCAAAUCUAAUGCCUAACGACGAUUACAUGAACGCUCGCUGAGAAGAGCACAUUUUAAUAUGGGUAAACCCAACAACGAUUUUAAGUAUUACUUUCCAUUCUAUAAGCAUUUACAAAUGUGAAUAAACGACUUUUAUAAAAAAAUAGAUGGAAAGCUUAUUUCAAGAUAUACAUAGUAUAUACAUACAUACAUAAAUAUAUAUAUCUCAUGCAACAAUAAUGCCAUUUAAGUAUCGAUUCAUCGUAUUCAGGGGAUUGUGAGUUUUUAUAAAUCUACACUCAAGGCACCGCUUUCGAUGAAUCAAACAUACAAAAUUAACACAUUUUUGAUGAAUAAAUAUAUAAAAUAAAAAAAAAAAACAAAAAGGCAAA